AUGUAUUUGCCUAGAAAGUAUAAAAUACUAUUAUUGCUGCUAGUAUGGAGACUAAGCUCUGUAUUUCUUGUUCAAACUGCACAUGUACCAGAUGAAUAUUGGCAAUCGUUGGAAGUGGCUCAUCAUUUAGCAUUUGGAUAUGGAUACCUAACAUGGGAGUGGACUGCAAACAUUCGCAAUUACAUCUAUCCAUUCCUGAUAUCUAUCAUUUACAGAAUAUUGGCACUAAUGUCAUUAGAUUAUGUAACAGUUUUGACAACAGUGCCUAGAAUAUUCCAAGCAUUAAUCAGUGCUUAUGGAGAAUUCAAAUUUUAUCAAUGGACAAAAAACAAGUGGACACUAUAUAGCUUAUGUAUAAAUUGGUACUGGUACUAUUGUGCCACAAGAACAUUGAUAAAUACUGUGGAAACUGCAUGUACUAUGAUAGCACUAACUAUGUUUCCAUGGCCUGACAGUAACAACAGAAGCAUAAACUUUCUAUGGAUUGUAGGGUUUCUAUGUAUGAUGAGACCUACUGCAGCUAUUAUAUGGCUACCCUUAUGCAUUUAUCACUUAUGUACUAGUUCAGAGAAAAAGUUGAUGUUAAUAAGUCGAUACAGUACAAUAUGUAUUAUUUGUUGUUUAAGUUCAAUAUUGUUAGAUAGUUUCUGUUGUGGAACUUUAAUUAUCUCUCCUUGGGAAUUCUUUCGUGUAAAUGUGUUCUACAAGAUUGGAGACUUUUAUGGAACCCAGCAUUUACUGUGGUAUGCAUUUUGUGGAUUGCCAGUACUUUUAGGACCUUACUAUGUUGUCUUCUUAUUAUGUAUUUGGCAGAUAACAAAAUAUUCUGCAUGUUUCUAUCGUCAAACGAUUAUGUUAUUUGUAAUUAGUUGGACAAUUUGUAUAUAUUCUUUGUUAUCUCACAAAGAAUUUAGGUUUUUAUUACCUCUGUUACCGAUGUUAAUACUUAUAUGUACUUCCUGUACGCCACGUUUAAAUGUUAAAUUUUCGAAACUAACAAGAAAAAUAUUCGUGAUUCUACUCAUAGUUACUAAUAUUGUUCCUGGAUUUUAUUUUUCGAUGAUACAUCAACGCGGAGCGUUGGAUGCGAUGAAUAUUCUCCGCAAAGAAAUUACCAACACUAGUAAUACAACGAACAUGCUAUUUCUGACUCCUUGUCAUGCUACACCCUUGUACAGUCAUUUACACGUGAAUCUACCCAUAAGAAUAUUGACUUGUGAGCCUAAUUUUCAUAAUUCUACAAAUUACGUGGACGAAGCAGAUGCAUUUCUUGCAGAUCCAAUGCAAUGGCUCAGUCACAAUUACAAUGAAAAUGAUGCUGCAACAAUACCUACUCAUGUAAUAACAUUUGACACUGUCUCACCAAAAAUAGUGCAAUUUUUAGAACAUUAUCAACUCAUUUCUGAGAUAUUUUAUACGCACUUUCCUCAAUCAAAUUAUGGAACAUACAUUCAUAUAUACAAACUGAAAUAA